CGUGACGUACCGCCUGCCCCCGCUGGGCGGUGUGGCCGGCGGGAGCGGGCGGGCCCGGGGACGGUGGGGCGGGGGCGGCUCGUGAGGGCGGGGCCGGAGCAGGUGCUCGGGCGCCCGUGACAGAACGGCGGCGCGGCCCGCAGGAUGCCGGGGCUGGUGGCGUUCGGCAGGCGCUGGGCUAUCGGCAGCGACGACUUCGUCCUCCCGGGGGCCUUUGAGCUCUUCGUCAGGCUCGUGUGGUGGGUUGGCAUUCUUGCUGUUUACGCCGUUCAUAAGGGGCAGUUUAACUGUCCUGGGGGAGGAUUACUGCACAGCUACUUGCUCGUCCUCCUCAUUCUCCUGGCUUCUAUAAUAUGUGUGUUAUCUGCUCUUGUAUACAUCAGUAUGCAAGGAACAAUUUCUAAUCCAGGCCCAAGAAAAUCACUUCCCAAGCUACUUUACAUUCGCCUAGUUCUCUGUUUGCCUGAAUUCCUUUGGGCUGUUGUAGGAGCUGUAUGGGUGUCAGACAGCAGCGUGCACUGUGAGAAGACUGUGAUAAAUGUUAUAAUUGGGACAGUUAUUGCAAGCUGGGUUAUCAUCAUCUUUACCGUCAUUGGAGUUGUAAUCGUCUUUGAUCCGCUUGGGGGGAAGAAGACGUUUUACCUCACCGAUAGCCUAAAUCGGAACCUGGAAAGCAGUCAGUCAGGGCAAUUGCUGUAUAACGUGAAGAACACCGCCACCAGAGUCUGGGAAAAAAGAAUCAGGUUACUGUGUUGUUGUAUUGUGCAAGACGAUGACCACCGAGUGGCUUUUACAAGUAUCGCAGAGCUUUUCCGCACCUACUUUUCAGACACUGAUCUGGUGCCAAGUGACAUAGCAGCUGGUUUGAUUCUGCUCCAUCAAGAGCAAGAUAAAAUGGAAAAUUGUCCAAAAGAGCCUGAAGAAGUCCUGUGUCAUUCUCCAUCAUCUCUUGUGACAGAUGAUUUGGAUGUUGAGCUGGAGAAUGCUGCUCACUAUAUGCUGUUUGCUGCAGCUGCUUAUGGCUGGCCCUACUACAUAUACACCAGCCCCUUUACUGCACUCUGUAAGCUCAGUGGUGACUGUUGCGGAAAUAGACCAACAGAGUCUGAUAUAACUGGCAGUGAUCGUCAUAACUUUCACUUUGGAUCCAUCCUAAAAAUAACAGGACUGCAGUACAGAGACUUCAUUCAUAUCAGUUUUCAUAACAAGAUCUAUGAGAUUCCAUUUUUUGUUGCUUUGGAUCACAGAAAAGAAGCUAUUGUGGUUGCAGUGAGAGGAACUUUGUCUUUUGAGGACAUCCUCACUGAUCUGUCAGCGGACUGUGAAGACUUGACACUGGAGGAUGUUUUAGAGAACGGCUUUGUGCAUAAGGGAAUAACUCAAGCUGCAAAUUACAUCUAUAGAAAGCUAAUAAAUGAUGGAGUUUUAAACCAGGCUUUCACGACUGCUCCAGAAUAUAAACUUGUGAUAGUUGGUCACAGUUUGGGUGGUGGAACAGCUUCCAUCUUGGCAGUCAUGCUCAGGAACUCUUUCCCAACAUUAAGAUGUUAUGCUUUUUCUCCUCCAGGAGGGCUUCUAAGCAAAUCUCUUGCGGAUUACACUAAGCACUUCAUUGUUUCAGUCAUUGUUGGGAAGGACCUUGUUGCAAGGUUAAGCAUGCCCAACAUGGAGGAUUUAAAGAGGAGAAUAGUGAGAAUUGUGGCAAACUGCAACAGACCCAAGUACCAGAUAUUGCUGCGUGGGUGUUGGUAUGAAGUAUUUGGAGGGGAUCCGGAUGACUUCCCAACCGAGCUGGAUGGUAGAAACCAAGAUGCCCUCUCGCAGCCACUUCUAGCUGAGGAGAGUUUAAUGGUCCGUCGGUCACCUUCAUACAGCGCCCUUGAGGAUGAAUCACAUUUAAAUUCACCGCCUCGGUAUCCUCGUUUGUAUCUUCCUGGGAAGAUUAUCCAUAUUGUAGAAGAAUCCAGCUCUAAGAGGUUGUGCUCUUCAGAUAUUAAAUACACGGCAAGAUGGUCAAAUGAGACAGUCUUCAGCAGCAUUUUAAUAAGUCCCAAAAUGGUAACAGACCACAUGCCAGAUGUUGUGCUCAAAGCUCUCAACAGUUUGUCUCAGGAACCUGGAUCUUGUAUUUCUUGUCAAACACGAGAAGAAUGUAACAGCAAUUUGGUACAACCAUAACUCCAAGAGGAGUUGCGGGUGGGUUGUUUUGGGUUUUUUUUUGUUGGUUUUGUUUGUUUUGUUGGGUUUUUUUUUGUUGUUUGUUUGUUUUUUGUCGUUUUUUUGGGGUUUUUUUUGUUGUUGUUUCUUUAAUUGCAGGUUUCGAGUAUUCAGGACUCAUUCUGCUUUCAUACUGAAGUGGAUUUCAAUACUUUUCUCAUAUUGUAUAAAAGAAACAAGGGUAUUUGUGCCCUUGCCUCUGCAGCAACCUUGAGUAACAUUUUCCGGGUUAAAGCAGAGAUUCUGCAUUUAUGCUGAAGGUUGAGAUUUUACAGAAUGAACCAGCACAAGGUCCACCUACGCCUGUGUACGCUGUACGUGAGCGGCACGGCUUCAGCUGAAUAUCUGACACAGUGAGCGCACGAGGACAGCUUGGCCUACAAAGCAGAGCAGAGCCCAGUCCGACCUUAAAAGAAAUAUUAAAAAAAAAAAAUAUCCCGGUCUGCUUCAAAGUCACUUCAGCGUCUCAGCGCUGCGACCGAUCCCGGCAAAGCCAGGAGGGGACAGGAGAGGUGCCAGGAGCGCAGCGCUGCGCUGCGAGAGAGGCGGCUGCAGCUCCGCGGCAGGCGAGCGGCUCUGCAGCAGGAGGAGCGCGGGCAGGAGCGCGGGCAGGAGCGCGGGCAGGAGCACACGGGCAGGAGCACACGGGCAGGAGCACACGGGCAGGAGCGCAGGCAGGAGCACAGGCAGGAGCACACGGGCAGGAGCACACGGGCAGGAGCACACGGGCAGGAGCACAGGCAGGAGCACACGGGCAGGAGCACACGGGCAGGAGCACACGGGCAGGAGCGCGGGCAGGAGCACACGGGCAGGAGCGCGGGCAGGAGCACACGGGCAGGAGCACACGGGCAGGAGCACACGGGCAGGAGCACACGGGCAGGAGCGCGGGCAGGAGCACACGGGCAGGAGCACACGGGCAGGAGCACACGGGCAGGAGCGCAGGCAGGAGCACACGGGCAGGAGCACAUGGGCAGGAGCACACGGGCAGGAGCGCGGGCAGGCUGCCCACAGUUCUGAGCGAUUGCACUGUUUUUCUUACAGAUUGUGGUAGUAUGCUGGGGCAGGGAGUGUUGUGGUUAAAUGCUGCUGAGAUAUACAUGUGCAAUAUUCUUUAAUCUACUGGUAUUUUUUUAUGUUGUUGAUCAACAGGACUACUUUCAGUGAUUCUGAACUAAACUAUUAACUACUUAAUGAGGAGAAAAUAAAAAAAAAGUUUGUGCUCUGGCAUCAUCUUCGUCUCCAGUUCUGGCUACCAGGAGCACUAAUCUAACUCUGCCAAAAAUUUAUCAGUUGUACUCAUUUUUAAAAAAAAUGGAUUCCUUUGUUUCUAGUGUGUAUUUUAAUAUUUUUUUCUUUAAGGCUCAGCAGCAUUUCUUAUAAAAAAAAAAAUGGAAAUAAGUAAUAUGAUGUGGUUGAAAGUAACUGUGUGGAUAUUCUUCCUGUGAUGCUUACUAUGGAGACAAAAUAAAACGCACUGUAACAACCUGUCUGACUGUGUUCAGGUACGCCGGGUGAAAUGCGAGCGAGAUGAGUCUCUAGGCUGCAGCAGAGGGCACAGAGCACGACUCUCACCUCGCAGGGCUAAAAUCUGAGGCAAUAAGCAACAAACUGUACUGUGCCCGCACCAUCUUUUUACAGACUGAUAAAGUAAGCAACAUUUUUAGAGGCAACUACAUAAGCGCUUUUGUUUGCAUACCAUAGAGGGAAACUUCUUUUGUUGCCAGCAGUGACAAAGCACUGCUGUCUGCAGAAGAAAUGGUGCCAAGUACUGUUUUAAUUCUGGUUCUUAACAUCAGGUCACCAUGGAAAGAGCCUGUGGUUUGCACACCCUGGAGGAGCCAAGUACCCCAAACACUUGCUCAGAAACUCAAACAUUACCACAUGUGUGAUUCAAGGAUUUAUUAAGUCAUACAUGCAAAACAUACUGCUAAUUGCAUUAGCAAAAGAUCAAUGUAAAAACUUUACAAAUUUGCAACUUUUACUUUUAAAUUUUGCUUUAGUGGUUGAAAGAGUGUAGUUCAACAUUGUAUUCCUGCCCGUUUAGGAUGUACAGAACAUUAGCACUAAUUUACGGAACCUCACAGACCCAAGUUACCAUUACUCAAUCUAUGCUGCACAUGUACAUGUAGUGACAUAAAGAACAUUUGUCUGCAUUAAUCAUGUUAUGAUUGGGGAUAUCUGGCAAAUGGUCACGGUUGAGAAGGUUCAUAGUUCAGAGAGCUUUGAAAGAUAAAAAUUGCUAAAAUGGUAAAGCUGCUUCACAUGAUUUUUACACCUAGUUAAUAGACUAAAAGCUCAGAAAGCAUAUAACUUACUGGGUCAGAACUAAGGAAAAUAAGGAUAUGCUUGAACAGCCUACUCUACCAAAAAAAAAAAAGAA